AGUGACCUCGGGGAAAGUCCCUCUACCUAUGAGGCUUCUAUUUCCUCAUCUGCAAAAUGAACAUUGAAACCAAGUCCUGUUCUUGUCUGGUUUCAGCUUCAACUAUCCAACAAGGAACUUGACACCUCCUGGGGCCUCCUACCAUGGCCUCCACAUCCUCCACAUCCUCGGAUGGCCACAUUUUGUGCUGCCAGAAUGUUAACAACGGGGACUCCACUUUCUAAUGCCCUGUGCCUUACACACACUACCUCAGGCUCGCCCCAUUCUAGAGGGCAGAUAGCAUCGUUUCCAGCCCCCUUCAAGGGAACUUCUCAGGCUCAGUACUGGGCACUCCAGGAGGAAAGGGGUCUUGGAACCAGAGCGGGCUUUCCUGGGCACCUAUAAUGUGCCACCCCACUGCGCACAUGGGGAAAGCGGUUCCUCUCAAAGGGGUCUGGGAGCUUGCACGCUCUGCAGUGGGGAGGCAGUGGCGGUGUGCGGGGCUGGCGUGCCCUCUAGUGGUCGCCGUGCUCGUGGUCUGGCCCCGAGGUCGGGGCUGCACAAGGUCUGGCUGGCAGCGGCCAGGAGGGGAAGUAAGUACCUUCUCAGAGCCGCGGAAGGUCCUGCCCGCCGCGGUCCCACCCCCCCGGGGGCUGGGAACAGUCUCUCCCAACCUGUCUCUCCUCGUGGCUUCCCAGAGACCCCGCAGUGGCUGCGUGCUCCGCCCCGAUUUCCAUGGAGACCCCUUGUACACAGCUUCCUCCAUCCACUCCACCUCAAGUGGGGCCGGCUGGCUGGACCAGCGCCCUGGGGCCCAUGAACAGCGGGUCCGCAGGAACGCUGGCCGUGGGGAGAGUGAAAUUCUUCGGCCAGCACCGCGGGGAGGCCCCAUCAAGUUCUGCCGCUUCUCCCCUGAUGGCCACCUUUUUGCCACGACCUCUGGUGACUGUACCAUCCGCCUGUGGGAUGUAGCAGAAGCCAAGUGUCUGCAUGUCCUGAAGGGUCACCAGAGGAGCGUGGAGACGGUUAGCUUUAGCCCUGACUCAAAGCAGCUGGCAUCGGGUGGCUGGGACAAGCGGGUGGUGCUCUGGGAGGUGCAGUCUGGCCAGAUGCUGCGCCACUUAGGAGGGCACCGAGACUCUGUCCAGAGCAGUGACUUCGCACCCAGCUCAGACUGCCUGGCCACUGGCUCCUGGGACUCUGCUAUCUGCAUCUGGGACCUGCGGACGGGGACCCCAGUGACCUCCCACCAAGAGCUGGAGGGCCACAGUGGCAACAUCAGCUGCCUGUGCUACUCAGCAUCCGGCCUCCUGGCUUCCGGCUCCUGGGACAAGACCAUCCACAUCUGGAAGCCUUCCACCAGAAACCUGCUUGUUCAGCUCAAGGGCCAUGUCACCUGGGUGAAGAGCAUAGCUUUCUCCCCUGAUGGGUCACAGCUAGCCAGCGCUGGCUACUCCCAUAUGGUCAAAGUCUGGGACUGCAACACAGGAAAGUGCAUUGAGACUCUGAAGGGAGUCCUGGAUGUGGCCCACGCCUGUGCCUUCACCCCAGAUGGGAAACUCUUAGUGUCUGGAGCUGCUGAUCAGGCAAGAUGCCAACUCCGAUGCACGAUUAAAUCACCCAGAGCCUCUCAGAUAUAACAUCACCACAAAUGGCUCUUUGAUCUCAAGCCUGUCUCUCCCUACCCAGGGCGCAUGGGACCUGGCAGAACGAGCCCCUGAAAGGACAGUGAGGGCAGCUGCACGCCACAGGCCCAAAGUAACCUUAACAGAGCACCCAACAGAUCCCUGUGACCAGGAUUGGUCAUGGUCCUGCGCCGGGGCUGCCAACAGCCGCAGGCCUGCCAAAGCCCCCAGGCCCCUAGUAACCACAACCAGGGCACGCCAGCCCACCUCUCCAGCAUGGUUCGCUGAAACACCCGCAAACAUGAAGCAAUGCCAGCCAGUUUGUUUGUGUUUUAUUGAUGCCGGUGCUUAGGCCUUGACCGCAUACUUCCGCAGUGGGUACAGCCGCUCCUUCCGCUGCUGCUUCUUGGUCUUCAGGUUUUCCUCGUGCUUGUUUAGCCGGCGGCGCAUGGCACGU